AUGGAUCUGCCUGAGACUUAUCGACCCUCAGAGGGACCUGAAAACGCUGUGGCACAAGAACCCGUAGUUCUCGAAGACUACACGUUCGUACCAUCUGAGAUUGGCAGUAGUAGGGCGGGUCAGACGAGUCAGUCGACCAUUUCAGAAGACAACAGCGAGGCAUACACUCAUGUCAUCGGAAUGAGCAAAAAGGAGUUUCGAGCUGCUUUGACCGCAAAGUGGACCGAAAACAGGAAUCUUAAAAACGGCCCCGACGUUUUUAGGGCUACUUUCGAUGAAGUUGUUGUACCAGCAUCAGUCAGUCGACUGGACUACGUGCUGGCACUUUCUUAUGCUAUGGAUGGAAUGAUGAAAGGUGAACUGUUAAUGGAACAGUCUGCCCCAUUUGCUCCUAUCUCGCUCUCCACAUAUCCUUCAUAAAUGGAU